AUGGAAGCACCCAUUGCCAAUGCAGGGCUGCCUACAGGCGAUGUCAACUCGAAGAAGCCGGCGGAACUUCUACGUGUCCCAACAGACAAAUCCGAACCUGUGUCGCUGAACAAGCGUAGAAGUCUCCGACUACGCCCAACCGAGCAAUCGGACAAAGAAGCAACUGCGUCGCGCGCACCGCUGCGAGAAAAUGCCAAGCCCACGGGGUUGCAGUCGCGCCCUUCGAAAAUGUCACUGUUUAACUUGUUCAGCAAACCGAAAGUUGAGAAGCUUCGAGGCCACUCGGAACAAGCUCUUACCUCGAGCCGCUCAAACAUUGAUCUGCGCGCCGCGAAGCAAGCAGCAGUCAUCACCCCACGCGAAACCGACUCAGAAGCGACGAAGUCGCGUACCUCUGGACCAAAGACUCUGUCAACGAAAGCGUCGCGUAUGACACUCAAGGAACCUCCACCAGCCUCAUCCAACAAGGAAAUCAAACCUGGACCUAGCGAUCCUCUACCACUGUUUCAGGCAUGGCCCCAGGCGAUCAAACAUGCCGUGCUGGAGGUCUCUACCAUCACCUCGGACCUGCUUUCCCAGCAGUCAAAAAGCCGCCAAUCUACGACCAUGCAGCUUUCUAAUUUUGACAAUUCGACGCGAGAUGGUGCAGAUGAUAGCACUGGUCUUAAGGGUGAAGCUGUUGCUACGUCACCCACUGGAUCUGGGGCACCUGUGAACGCGAAGUCAUCGUCGAAACACAUGUCAAAGGGCUCACUAUCGACCAUUGAGCUCCCGCGAAAACUGUUCAUAUUAUCAACGACCGGAUGCAUCCUCCAGUAUAGCGAGAAAGGGAGCAGUGAUCGCGCGCCUGAAAAGAUACUGCAACUUGGGAAGGAUUCGGCGGCCUUUGCAUGCGAUCUGAUCCCCGGUCGGUUGCACGUUCUCGAGAUUCUGCAAUGCGUCAAUGAGAAAGGUGGCAUGGCGAAUGGCUCAGGUUCCAUUCUACACAAAUUUGGGAUUCGCAGUGCGGCCGCACGACGGCAAACCUCGAAUUUUCUUUUGGUCAUGGAGGAUGCAGCAGCACUGGCAUCGUGGAUGUCCACGGUCCGCAAGCAGAUCGAAAUUCAAGGCGGUAAACGAGCUCGCCCAGAUUCGGUGACACGACGACCAAAGACGGCAAAUGCCGAGGCUGCUGAUCUAGACCUGAAGAAGGUUCCCAGCAAUAGUCAUCGUUAUCAAGUGCGAAGGGAUCCGGCCAAAGUUGCGAGUAUAAUUUCGCCUACGCUGGAUAAAAAAUUCUUUGAGUCGCCAUUGGCCUCGCCGAUUCAGAUCAUCACACAGGCGGAAAGCCUCGAAACUGGUCCUGUCGAAUUGAGUGCAGAGGGCGAAGUAAAAGGCGGAGACGAUGCGUCAUCACGACUACGAGGAAAUUCAGACUCAGGCUCGCUUGGCUCGUCAGAUUCAGCUUCAGUCGACCAACAACAUCUCGACAAAUUACGAGAAAGCACAAGAAUGUCGCAUACGUCCACUGCGAACACAUCCGCCACAUCACGCACCAAUUCACUCACAUCUUCACCCCCUGUUGAACAACUUCUUAUCGCUGCAAGAGACGGCACGCAGGAUGCUGUUCCGGCGAAGCUCCCUUACCGCAGUUCAUCAUCUUAUUCAUUAUCAAAACGAAGAUCAGUCCUUCCAUCACCGAAGGACUCGGCGACGUCUCCCGAGAUGAGGAGGCCGACCCCGUUGCUAAUACAGCAGCAGCUUAACGUUGAAGCGCCCAUAGACUCUCCGGUACUCGGCCAUCACGCCUUGAUGCCCGAUGCGUCGCCAAGAAAGCCUUUAUCGGCCAUGCAAAGUGCGCCCGACCUGAAGACCGUAGCCGAGGUGGGCGAGAUGCACGACUUCACGCAGCCUACCUCUCCCGUGCCAACAUCCGUUAGCAGUCGACCAAUCUCUUUCGUCGCCGAGCUGCCCACUUCGCCGAUCUGGGCAACAAAAUCCUCACCAAAUCUCAGAUUGUCAAUCGCAAGUGCUAAGGCAGCACAUGACGGUGGGAGUGGCUCGCCGCAACAGCAAUCCCCGCCCAAGCGCAUCUCUACGAGCGACUCAGAUCCUCUGCGUUCUGGGAGGAAUUCCGCUCAGUCUUUCAGCCUACCUCUUCGAGCCAAUGAGGUCACCAGUCCAAAGUUGGUGACACGGUUCGCGCGAUCAGAUAGCCAGGACGAUUUAGUCUCUCCGGUUGCGGCUGUGCACACUCUAGAAGCAAAGGUGGACCCGGCCCAACGACGGACCAUUUCGCCUAUGCAUAUUCCACCUCGGACAUCAUCCAACUUCAGCCCUCCGAUUUCGGUGUUGAGCUUCGAGUCGAAUAUCAUUCGACAGAGCACUUCUACGAGACUUUCAUUGUUCCCCUCCGCUUUACCCUCACCGCCGAUAAGUGCCGACAGACUUCAUCGUUCGCCCUCCACAUCCGCUCUAAUGACCCUUGGUAAUUAUCAAGCACUAGCUGUACAGGCUUCGAACACUCCUUCUCUGCGCCGUCCGACAAGCAUGCAGAUCCGCUCGGACCGCGCGCCUUUCCUCGCCAACGUGCGCAGCCCAGCACAAGCGACGGCCACUCCUCAACCCGCGAACGCCAUGCGCAACGGCAUGCCAGUACCGAUCCGCAGUCUGAAACCCUCCCGCAGUGGCAUACCUACCUAUAACCCAUCCGCCAGCCCCACUCCUGGAGCUGGCUCCCGCCGGGAAUCCCUUCUCCCAACACCGUUGCCUCUGCCUCAGCCACGCACCUCCAUCUCCAGCCCGAAUCUCCUCCUGCUCGCAAAGGAAGCCGCCGAUCAGCGAAUGUCACUCGUCCAGCUACAGGCCAACCAGGCCGCUACAUGGAGCCCGCCGCAAAAGAUGAUUAUGAGGAGGCAAAGUGCUCGGCCGCCCUCGAGAGCUGUUCUGCCCGAGCUCGAUUUCGGCAUUCCGCUCGUCGGCCUGGGUCCGCCCGCUCCACCGCCCUCCGCACCGUUGCCCAAAAUCCCCUCAAUGGCCAGCCGCACUCGUGGCCCAGGAUCCGUUCUUGGUGGAUCCCUCGAUGGUUCAAGUGACGGAGACUCCCGCGCGGGCUCGGCGACACCAACAACACCGCCGCGGCUACCACUCACCGGCCUCGGGAUUGAAGUAGGCGGAUCAUAA